GCACCUCUGAAGCCUGGAGUUUGGUUUGAUCGGUUAUUUGAUAUAUAGUUCAGCAGCACCGUGCCUUGGUGAAAGAUUGUAGCGAUCCUCCGGGGUAGUCUAUCGUGAUCUGAAGAUUGAUGACGCAGCAUCGAGGUUUUUUUUUUUAUCAGUUGAAGCCACACCGGAAUACCUUAUUUAAUACCGCAACUUUUAUGAAAGCGACCGUUGAUCAAUCCCCGGAAUAUAGCGAAUUCGCCGGACCAUUCCAAAAAGCUUGGCAAUAUAUAAUCAGCCGUUGCCUGCACUCCACACUUGCACUCUUUGGAGUCUCUAAUAGUUGGUCAUUGCAUCUUACCCCUUAGAUUGACAUUUCUAAGAGACAUCUCACCCAGAUCUAUAUCUCGCUUAGAGAUAUCUCACUUAGAUCUACAUCUACUGCUUGGACCAGUAUUACCUCUCAUUCGCUUUACGUCAUGACCUCGGUUUCUAGCACCGAAUCCAGUAAGCACGGCGCCGCUGAAGGCCUGGUGGAGACAGAAGUCCCCGAAAUCACAACCAAAAAACAGUUUGUUCUUUGGAGGUGGCUCAAUGGCAGCUACAUGCCUCCUAUACCAACCUCCACCAGACGGUACCCGAUGCUCGACUGCAACUGGUUGAGCUUCCUCACGUUCUGGUGGUUGAAUGACAUAAUGCGCACCGGCUACGUACGCCAGCUCGAGGUGAACGACCUCUACUCGCUCGAAAACAGCGACCUUGCACUCAAGGAGUCCACGGCGCGCUUCGAAGCAAAUUUCAAGACGCGCUUGGAGCAGUAUUACGCCAAACACCCGACAAACCGCGGAAAGAUCCCGCGCCUGGUGUUAAUUUGGGCGCUUAACGACACCUUCCGGCACCGGUUCUGGAUCGGGGGCCUUUGCAAGCUCUGCUGCGAUGUUGGCCAGGUGCUCAACCCGUUGCUUGCACGGUCGUUGAUCAAGUUCAUCGAGAACAGAACCACCCCGGGCAUCCCCCACAUACCGAUAAAGCAGGGCGUGGGGUAUGCGCUCGGAAUGAUGUUCUUACUUCUUUUCACCUCCCAAAACAUGAACCACUUCUUCCACUACUCGAUGCUCGCGGGGAUCCAGGCCAAGGGCGUUUUGACCCAGGUGACGUACAAAAAGGCCUUCACCUUGAGCUUGCACGCGCGCAAAACGUACACAAACGGCAAAGUCACGGGCUUGGUGACAAACGACUUGGCCAUGAUGGAGCGCGCGUUCCAGUACCUCCAUAUCAUCUGGAUCUUCCCCGUCACCAUGGGCAUCAGUCUAGCGAUUUUGAUCGUCAACCUCGGUGUCGCCGCACUCGCAGGCUUUGGGGUGGUGAUUACCUUGACCGUCGUCACCACCUCGUGCACCAAGAUUUUCACCAAGAAGCGCAAGGAAACGAACGUGUUUAUCGACCGCCGUGUGGACUCCAUUCGCGAGGUUAUUGGCAACAUCAAGAUGAUCAAGUUCUACUCGUGGGAGAUGCCGUUCUUCCAUAUCCUCAAGCUGAUCCGCCGCGACGAACUGGCUAUACAGUUGCGGAUCCAGUUUUUAAAGUCAAUCAUCAACGGGAUUGUGCUCUCGAUUCCGAUCUUCGCGUCCAUGGUGGCGUUUUUGACCAUGUACUCGCUUGGCGGCGCACUCAGGGCGGCGGAUGUGUUUUCGUCGAUUAGUUUGUUCAACGUCAUGCGCCAGCCGUUGAUGUUAUUGCCCACGGCAUUGAACUUUUCGGCGGAUGCGUACGUUGCGUUGCAGCGGUUGGCCGAGUUUUUGGAGAGUGAUGACCAGGAGGAGUAUUUGGAGUACGGAAAGUUGGGGGAUGUGGCGAUGCGGGUUGAGGGAGGUGGGUUUGUGUGGGGAGAAGAGUCAGCACCACAAGACGGGUCGGUAUGCGAACCGCCUGAGCUGCUGUCUGUAGACAAACGCUCUGGAAGCGAUUCUGCUAGUGCCUCCGCGCCGGUCUUUGCGGGCCUCACCAACAUCAACCUAGAAGUCCGCCGUGGGGAGCUCGUUGUUGUCACCGGGCUCAUUGGCAGCGGUAAGUCUUCUCUCCUUCAAGCCAUUACCGGCAACAUGGACAAGACUUCCGGCGCUGUCACGCUCAACCUUGACCCCGCAAACCCCUCUUCAGGCCAGCUUAUCUUCUGCUCCUACCCGUGGGUGCAGAAUGCGACAAUCAAGGAUAACAUCACAUUCGGAUUACCCUUGAUCGCCUCAAAGUAUGAAGCAGUAGUUGCGGCGUGCUCGCUCGUAGCGGACUUUGAGAUUUUGGAGUAUGGGGACAUGACGGAGGUGGGUGAACGCGGGAUCACCUUAUCUGGGGGACAGAAGGCGCGGAUAAACCUCGCGCGCGCGAUCUACGCGAGUGAUUUCCGCUAUAAAGGGGGCCAGUCGGGUUUAGGCCAUGACAUCAUCCUUCUUGACGACGUGUUGAGUGCCGUAGAUGCCAGAGUCGGGCGGCACAUUAUGGACGAGUGCAUCAACGGAGUCAUCAAAGACAAGACACGGAUUCUCGCGACUCACCAAUUGUCGUUGAUCGGCAGUGCUGACCGAAUUGUGUUCCUCAACGGCGACGGGAGCAUCGAUGUGGGGACGUACACAGAGCUAGCGGGGCGCAACUCCGCGUUCGUCAGCUUGAUGCACUACUCCACUGAACUAAACGAGGAGGAAGGCCCCGAGGAGGCUGAGGAGACUGAAAAGGUUGAAGAGGUUGAAAGGGUUGCUACGGAUAAGCUGGAGCACGAUCAUGAGGACCUUACGGCCUCGCCCGCCCCGAAGUUCGCGGAGGCCCGCCAGAGCGGAUCGAUCCCGUUCAAGGUUUACAGAGCGUAUUUCCGCGAGGGCAGUGGGGUGUUUGGCUUCAUAGCCGUGCCGUUGCUCGUCCUCUGCUGCAGCUUGUUUGUGUUUUGCCAGUUCUUCCAAAGUGUGUGGUUGUCCUUCUGGAUCGAAAAGAAGUUCAAGUGGAUGUCAAAUUCCACCUAUAUCGGUCUCUAUAUCACGUUCUGUUUCUCCGCCUUCAUCUUCUUCUGCGCUGCCUUCAGCAUGAUGACGUAUAUCAACAACAAGGCCAGUGUGAUGUUGUUCAACCAGGCGGCCCGCAAGGUGUUGCAGACACCGAUGGCGUUCAUGGACACGACUCCCACCGGACGAGUGCUCAACCGCUUCACCAAAGAUGUCGACACCAUCGAUUAUGACAACCCAGACAUGCUUCGGUUGCUGCUUAACUCGUCGUCCUUCAUCUUUGGGGUCUUUAUCAUGUGCAUCAUCUAUCUCCCAUGGUUUGCCCUUGCCGUUCCACCCAUCUUGUUUGUCUACUUCUCCAUCGCAGGGUACUACCAGCCCCAGGCCUUUGACGUCAAGCGUUUGGAGUCAGUCAGCAGAUCCCACACCUACGGCCACUUUAAUGAGACCCUCAACGGAUUGACCACCGUCAAGUCGUUUCGUGGUGAGGCGCGGUUCAUGCACCGCCAUGAGCAGCUUCUCGAACAGGUGAACAGCGCCGCGCUCACAUCGAUUGCAACACAAAGAUGGUUGUCCGUGCGGUUGGACUUGAUUGCCGCGGUCACCUCCUUCCUCAUCAACAUGCUCUGUAUUUCCGGCGUUUUCAGCAUUAAUGCGGCCUCGGCUGGGCUUUUGAUCGCAUACAUCAUGCAGAUUGCUAAUCUCCUCUCCCUCAUGAUCCGCUCCGUGACGCAGGUCCAGACGAAUAUGAAUUCCGUCGAGCGUUUGUGUGAGUACGCGUAUGACCUCCCCCAGGAAGCUGCCUUUGAGAUCCCAGAAACAAAGCCACCGGCCACGUGGCCGACCCACGGGGCAAUGUGCUUUGAAAACGUCUCCAUGGCCUACAGACCUGGCUUGCCGUUAGUGUUGAAGAACUUUUCGGUUUCCAUCAAGCCGGGAGAAAAGGUUGGGAUCUGCGGGAGAACUGGCGCGGGGAAGAGUUCCAUCAUGAUGGCGCUUUUCCGCUUGACAGAGCUCCACUCCGGAACGAUUUCCUUGGACGGAAUUGAUAUUUCCACCAUUGGGUUGCACGACUUGCGGUCGAAGCUCUCCAUUAUCCCACAGGAUCCAGUGUUGUUCCGCGGAACUAUUCGCCAGAACUUGGAUCCUUUCAGCGAAUGUGAGGACUGGCAAUUGUGGGAUGCGUUGAAGCGGAGCUGGUUGGUUGAAGCAAGGGCAGAAACGAAACUGCACGCGGGCGAAAAGAGAGAGGAGCACUCGCAUGACUCGCCUGCUUCCGACCACAAAUUCCAUCUCGACCAAACCGUUAGUGACGACGGCUCCAACUUCUCGUUGGGCGAGCGUCAAUUGCUAGCGUUAGCCCGGGCGUUGGUCCGCAACUCCAAGGUGCUCAUCUUGGACGAGGCAACCUCAUCCGUUGACUACGAAACUGAUGCCAAGAUCCAGAGCACCAUCGUGGAUGAGUUUGGCCACUGUACCAUUUUGUGCAUCGCCCACAGGUUAAAGACCAUCUUGAACUAUGACCGGAUUAUUGUGUUGGACAAGGGCGAGGUGAUGGAGUUCGACACUCCGCUGAACCUCUUCCAGGCCGGCGGCAGCAUAUUUAGGCAGAUGUGUGAUAAAUCGGGUAUCGUCGCGAAUGACUUUGUGUUUAGCAAAAAACAAUAGAGCAAGUGAGAGGAUUAGGCUGCUUAUGGUUGGGGUUGGCAUGAACGUCAAUGCAACUGCGAGUAGCACAUUAGGUAGUUCGCUUAAAAUGGAGUUAUCUGAUUAUAACUGGGGCUUAUACGGUAAAAGUUGAAGCAUCAGCUUUUGUUAAACUUGUGCUCUUGGAAGCUAGACUCAUUAGUAGAGGCUAUUGUGCCGCUAGGAGCAUUU